AGCGCCACCAAGCGGAGAGCACUGUUAUAUUGGACGGCCAAUUAAAAAAAAAAGAUAAGACGUCUGUAAACAAACGCCGAACUGUUUUGGCACAUUUUUAAACAAGGGAGUGUUGUUAUUGUCCAUAAAAUCGUGCGAGAUUCAGAUAAGGGCAAAUCUACGAUAAUUCAAAUUGACUUGGGGUAUUUUAGGAGCCGGCUAGAAUAUCAGUCAGUGUUCCGGUGACAUUGAACGUGAACGUGUUUCUGUGUGUUUUUAGUUGUGUCGUGAUAAACUUGUUGCAAAAUGGCCAAUCCCAAUCAGGAGAUUAAGUACACCAAGCUGUUCAUCAACAACCAGUUUGUGGACUCCCAGAGCGGUAAGACGUUCCCCACGCUCAACCCAGCCACCGGUCAGAAGAUCGUCGACGUUGCCGAAGGAGACAAAGCCGAUGUGGACAUUGCCGUCCAAGCCGCAAAGACUGCAUUCGCUCGCAGCUCUGCAUGGCGCCAGAUGGAUGCCUCGGCACGCGGCAAGCUGCUGCACAAGCUGGCCGAUCUGAUGGAACGGGACAUCAACGUUCUGGCCAAUCUGGAGUCGCUGGACAAUGGCAAGGCGUUCGGCGAUUCGGUGUUCGACAUGAACUGUGCCAUUGACACGUUCCGUUACUACGCUGGCUGGGCGGAUAAGAUCCACGGAAGCACGGUUCCCUCGGAUGGUCCGGUAAUGACCUAUAUCCGCAAGGAGCCAGUUGGCGUCGUUGGUCAAAUCAUUCCCUGGAACUACCCGGUGUUGAUGUUGACCUGGAAGUGGGCGCCUGCUUUGGCCACCGGAUGUACUCUGGUGUUGAAACCGGCCGAGCAGACUCCACUGAGUGCACUGUACAUGGCCGCGUUGUCCAAGGAAGCUGGCUUCCCGGAUGGCGUUAUCAAUGUGGUCAACGGAUACGGACCAACCGUUGGAGCCGCCAUUGUGAAUCACGCCGAGAUUCGGAAGGUUGCAUUUACCGGUUCGGUCGAAACGGGUCGUUUGAUCACCGAAGGAUCGUCGAAGUCUAACUUGAAGCGGGUCUCGUUGGAACUGGGCGGCAAGAGUCCGCUGGUGGUGUUUGAUGACUUUGAUGUGGACGAAGCCGUGGAAAUCGCUCACAACGCAAUCUUCGCCAACCAUGGCCAGAAUUGCUGUGCUGGAAGUCGCACCUUCGUCCAGGAAGGCGUUUACGAUAAGUUCGUGGCAAAGGCCGCUGAGAUGGCUAAGGCCCGUAAGGUCGGUGAUGCAUUUGCCGAAGGUACCCAGCAGGGUCCCCAGGUGGACGAGGAACAGCUGAACAAGAUUCUGGGCUUCUUCGAGUCCGCCAGCAAGGAGGGUGCCAAGCUGCAAACCGGAGGAAAGCGUCAUGGAAAUGUGGGAUAUUUCGUGGAGCCGACGGUGUAUUCGGAUGUUACGGAUGAAAUGCGUAUUGCUCGUGAAGAGAUCUUCGGACCGGUACAGAGCAUUCUGAAGUUCAAGACACUGGAUGAGGUUAUUGAGCGAGCCAACCGCACAGAGUACGGGCUGGCUGCGGGAGUUCUCACGAACAAUCUGAACAACGCUUUGGUAUUCUCGAAUGCUGUUGAAGCUGGCUCCGUUUGGGUCAACUGCUACGAUUACGUCAUGCCAACGACUCCAUUUGGCGGCUUCAAACAAUCCGGCCACGGUCGUGAGCUGGGUUAUGACGGCAUCGAACUGUACACGGAAACCAAAACCGUAACCAUCAAGCUGCCAUCGAAGGUCUGAUGGAAAGGUCACCGACAUUCCCGGAUCGUCCCACAACGAACGGAUGAAAGUGAAAUCUUCCCUGUUCGAACGAUGAAUCGUCGUCGUUUAAAUAAAAACAAUCCGUUCGAGAUCAAUUAACGUUUAAAA